AUGCCUCAAUUUCUUCCACUUCUCGCGCUCUUAAUCCUCCCCCUCUUCGGAACCACAGUCUCUGGCACCGGCAUCGCCAUCUACUGGGGCCAGAACGGCAAUGAAGGCAACCUCACACAAACAUGUGCCACCGGAAAAUUCCCCUAUGUCAAUAUAGCCUUCCUCAACAAAUUUGGCAGUGGCCAAACCCCAGAACUCAAUCUUGCAGGCCACUGCAACCCUGCCAGCAACACGUGCACAUCCCUAAGCGAGUCGAUACGCUAUUGUCAGCAAAAAGGCAUCAAGCUGAUGCUAGCUAUUGGCGGCGGUAUUGGAAACUACUCUUUAGCUUCCAAGGCCGACGCAAAAAUUGUCGCCAAAUAUCUAUGGAACACUUUCUUAGGCGGAAAGUCGAACUUGAGACCUCUGGGUGACGCCAGUCUGGACGGUAUCGACUUCGAUAUCGAACUCGGCUCGGUAAAUUAUUACGAAGAUCUCGUAAAAUAUUUAGUUGCUUAUGGUAAGAAAGGCAGAAAAGUGUACAUAACAGGUGCACCACAAUGUCCAUAUCCUGAUGCACAUCUUGGAAAGGCAAUUAGUACAGGAUUAUUCGAUUAUAUUUGGGUACAAUUUUACAAUAAUCCUCCUUGUCAGUAUACUUCUGGAAGUACUGACAAUAUUUUAAAUUCAUGGGCCAAAUGGACCACCACUGUGAAGGCUGGAAAAAUAUUCUUGGGCCUGCCUGCAGCAGCCAAGGCUGCCGGAAGCGGGUUUAUUCCGGCGGAUGUGCUGAGUUCUCAGAUUUUACCGGUGAUCAAGAAGUCGCCUAAGUAUGGUGGUGUAAUGUUGUGGUCUAAAUAUUGGGAUGAUCAGAGUGGAUAUAGUGACUCAAUUUUGAGUAGUCUGUGAGAAUUUGUAUUACUAUAAGCUAAGCUGAAUUUGCAAUGUCGAAUUCAUGAAAUCUCGGGAUGACUGAGAAUCGAAAUAAUUAAUAGAGGUGUACUCUUUACCUUUUCUAAAUUCAUCGAUAAACGAUAUUUUUCACGAA